CCCGUCCGCUCCCCAAAAUUUCACCACCGCCACAAGCGAAGAUCCCCUCCUCUCCGGUCCUCCCUUGUCCCUUCCCCUCCCUGCCCCCACACUCCCGCCGCCGCAUCUCCGAGAACCCCACGAGCUCCCCGCCAGCGCAGACGUCCGAUCCCUCCUUCCUCUCUACCUCCCCACCCGCCUCGCGAGUGCGAGCGUGCGAUGCUGCAGCCGCGGAGGCGGCCACGCGCGGCGCGGUGACCGAGAUGGUGCGCUUAUUCCGCAGCGGUAACCUCGCCUCCAGGGUCUUCGACCGCCAGCUCCUCUCCCCGCGCCCCGGCGCUGCCGUUAACACUAUUAGACAGUUCUAUGAGAAUUUGGUUCCAAGCUACACUAUAUAUGACAUUGAUUGCCCAGACUAUUCAUUUCGCAAGUUCACUGAUGAUGGGAAAUAUCUUGUGGCCUUUAGCCGAAACCACCAAGAUUUGAUUGUAUACCGUCCCAUCUGGUUGACAUAUUCAUGCAAUGAAGAAUGUGGUUCUCAUGAUCUUCCACCAAAAGCAAAGAAGUUUGAUAGCUUCUUUAAGCAGCUCUACUCAAUUCCGCUUGCAUCCAGCAAUGAGUACAUUUGCAAGGACUUUUUCCUGUACAUGGAGGGCCAUCAAUUUGGCUUAUUUGCAACAUCAACUGCACAAAGUAAUGAUUCAACUGCCACUGAGGGUGCAAUACAUGGCGUGCCAUCAAUUGAGAAAAUAACUUUCUAUCUUGUGAGGCUAGAAGAUGGCGUCAUACUGGAUGAAAAGGCUUUCUGCAAUGAUUUUAUCAAUCUGGCACAUAGUAUUGGUGCUUACUUGUAUGAGGACCUGCUUUGUAUUGUUUCUCUGAGAUAUCAAACAAUACAUAUCCUACAGAUCCGAGAUUCAGGCAACCUUGUUGAGGUACGCAGAAUUGGCGCUUUCUGCCGGGAAGAUGAUGAGCUAUUUCUUCACUCACAUGUUCAGACUGGUUUUGGGGGUUCGUUUCUUCCUGGCAUCAAGCAACGGUUGUUGUCGUAUAUUUUUCGCAAGACAUGGAACGAAGUUCCAGAUGAGACUUUGAGGGUCCAGCAUCUCAAGAAGAAGUUCUAUUUUCACUUCCAAGACUAUGUUGAUCUUAUCAUAUGGAAGGUACAGUUUUUGGAUCGACAUCACCUAUUCAUCAAGUUUGGUAGUGUGGAUGGAGGGGUUUCUCGAAGCACUGAUCAAAACUUAGCAUUCUUUGCUGUGUAUAACAUGGAGACAACGGAUAUCAUUUCCCUUUACCAGAACUCAUCGGAGGAGCUCUAUUCCUUGUUUGAACAAUUCUAUGACCAUUUUCAUGCAAAUCCACAAGAUUCAUCACAUGGAAAAUUUAUCUCGUCGCACUCCAAUGAUAUUCAUGCUCUCGAUCAACUUCGCACAAUAAAAAAUAAAGCAAGCAGCUCCUCACAGUUUGUGAAAAAGAUGAUGGCGUCAUUGCCUUACACUUGCCAAUCACAGAGCCCUUCACCAUAUUUUGAUCUAUCCCUUUUUAGGUAUGAUGAGAAGCUGAUUUCAGCAAUUGAUCGGCAUCGGCAUUGCACAGAGCAUCCAAUAAAAUUUAUAUCAGUGAGGUCACCAAAUGUUGUCAGAUUUAAGAUCAAGCCAGGUUCAGAUUCUGGUGCUUCUGACAGCAGAGCAAAAAGAAUCUCGUCCUUCUUGUUUCACCCAUUUUUCCCAUUCGCACUUUCGAUACAGCAGACUUAUAUGCAGCCAACCGUUGUCAAUAUCCAUUUCAGGAGAUAGGAAAAGUAUAGGUGUCGCCUUAAUUGUAUUUGUACCACUAGUGAGCUUGCAGCGCUGCUUGCUGCAAAAUUUUGGCCAUCUGUAGUAUGAUGUUUAGCUGGCAGAUGUUAUAUAGGGGUUGGGUAACAAGAGAUCUAUUGUUUGGAACUGAGAAGUACAAAAAUGUAAAGAGGCUCUUCAUCCAUCUUUGUCAA